AUGUACGGGCUGCGCCUGAUCAACAACAACUAUGUCGCCAACGGCACUGGCAAGGACGUCACCAUCAUUUACGAUCCUUCGUUUCGUGGUGGCAAGCUUGGAAGCGUCAACCAGAUGCAGCAUUUUCCCAACCCAAAGGCAGGCCCUGCAAAGCUCCGUAAGCUUCCAGAUACCGGCCUCGACGCGCGGGAUGAAGGAUACAAGCAGAAAUUGAAUUGUGGAAAAUCGGCUGCAGUGACCGUCAAAGAGGCCAAGGCUAAAAUCAGCGACGGCUCCAGAUUCAGGUUUCAGGACGAUGCUAACAAGACCUUUGGCGCGGUCAUGUCUUUGAAGUCCCUGCCUGCUAGCCGCGAACUGAUCCGGGCAUCGUCCGCUCCCAGCCUUCAAGCGGCUGCCACCUGCAAUUUCAGGACCCGUUGGGAUCUCCCUGCGGCAAUGAUAGAUAACACAGAGGCAGCAGCGGUGAGCCGUGAGGAGGACCUUUCCGAUAUCAAGAAGGGCCUCCUCCCCACUUAUUGGAGGCCCAAGGAUCCUGCGCUGGAUUGGCCUGCGCCGGGAUUCCUGCAUCCAUGCCAUGGAUUUUCCAGGACGGAUGGCGGCAUGCCGUGGCCGAACUGA